GGCAGCCGCAGCCGGCAGUACCGCACGGGCUGCGUCGGUGUACGCGCGCGUUUUGUUCGCACGCCUUUCCGCACAUCGCGCUUCAGCGCAAUAACGAACGCCGUCAAGAUCGCUCAACCGCCGAACACCCUCAGACAGCAGCCCGGCAUGCGCUCCUGACGUCCCGCCCCGCCGGCACAGCAGCGCAAGUGAGUGUCCGUUGCCCGGACAGCUUCACCUAACUGCCCCCCGUAGCCAGGUGCGCUUCGGCGAACUGCGAUCUUCCUCAUCGUCCUAGGGACUCGUCUGUGCUUGCCCAAAAGGAUGAUCCCGCGCCGCAAACACAACGCUUCCUCGGCCUCCCUGCCGCCGCCCGACGACAAGCACGCCAGCAACGACUACAUACUGUCGGAGGGCGCGCCGGGCGAGGGCUGGUGCGCGGCGCUGCGGCGUCGCCUCAACCGCAAGACGCUGCACAAGCGCGUGCCCAUCACCGCGUGGCUGCCACGGUAUAAUGCGGAGAAAGCCCUCGGAGACCUGAUCGCCGGCAUCACGGUGGGACUUACCGUGAUCCCGCAAUCGCUAGCAUACUCCAACAUCGCGGGCCUGCCGCCGCAACACG